GGCCUCUUGGGGGGACCCUUGCCUUCCGACUGAGCCCUUUUGGGGGGAGAAAGACGGAGCCGGAGGGGCGCCACAGCCACGGGAAAGAAGACCACACCGAGCGUGCGCGCCUUCCUUUUCGCCAUCCCUGUGCGCCCAGGGCCUUCCUUGGAACAUUUCCGGGAUUCUCAGCCCUGGCGCCGGAAUGUGGGAGCCGCACGUUCCGGCCGGAGAUGUCAUAAAGACGCUGUUCUUCUUCUCACCGGCGGGCUCCUCUGCUUUGUUUUUGGUUCUCCGAUAACGGGAGAGAAAGACUAUUUUCCGGCCAUGAACGGCCUCUCCGUGAGCGAACUCUGCUGCCUCUUCUGCUGCCCGCCGUGCCCCGGGCGCAUCGCCGCCAAGCUGGCCUUCUUGCCGCCGGAGCCGACGUAUGCCAUCGUCCCCGAACCGGAGCCGGCGGGGUCGUCGUCGUCCGGCGGUGGCGGUUCGUCCCCUCGGAGCGGGGCCCUGUCCCGCUGGAAGCUCCACCUGGCCGACCGGGCCGACUUCCAGUACUCCCAGCGCGAGCUCGACACCAUGGAGGUCUUCCUGACCAAGAGCAGCCGCGGGAACCGGGUGGGAUGCAUGUACGUCCGCUGCGCACCGGGCGCCAGGUUCACGGUGCUGUUUUCUCACGGGAACGCGGUGGACCUGGGCCAGAUGUGCAGCUUCUACAUCAGCCUGGGCACCCGCAUCAACUGCAACAUCUUCUCGUACGACUACUCGGGCUACGGGGUCAGCAGCGGGAAGCCCUCCGAGAAGAACCUCUACGCCGACGUGGACGCCGCCUGGCAGGCCCUGCGCACCCGGUACGGGAUCAGCCCCGAGAACAUUAUCCUGUACGGACAGAGCAUCGGGACGGUGCCCACGGUGGACUUGGCCUCCCGCUACGAAUGCGCCGCCGUGGUCUUGCACUCGCCACUCACCUCGGGCAUGCGGGUGGCCUUUCCCGAAACCAAGAAGACCUACUGCUUCGACGCGUUCCCCAACAUUGACAAAGUGUCCCGGAUCACCUCCCCGGUGCUUUUCAUCCAUGGCACGGAGGACGAGGUGAUCGACUUCUCCCACGGCCUGGCCCUCUACGAGCGCUGCCCCAAGGCCGUCGAGCCGCUCUGGGUCGAGGGCGCCGGGCACAACGACAUCGAGCUCUACAGCCAGUACCUGGAGCGGCUACGCAAGUUCAUCGCGCAAGACCUGGCCGGGCAGCACAACUGAGCAUCCCUCCCUCUUCUGGAAGCGCAAGCGAAGGACAUCGGAUCCUCGUCGGAAAGCUGCGCAUCGGAGAUGGUUGUUAUUGUAGCAUCAGGACUGCGCAGAACGACACCAUCCGAGGACAGGACUGAGCAAAAGACUCGUCGGAAAGCUGCGCAUUGUCAAAAGGCCCUUGUCGGAAAGCUGCGCAUUGUAAAAGACCCUCUUUGGAAAGCUGCGCAUUGUCAAAAGACUCUCGUCAGAAAGCUGCGCAUUGGAGAUGGUUGUUUCUGUAGCAUUGGGUCUGCACAGAAUGACACCAUCCAAGGGCAGGACUGAGCAAAAGACUUUUGUCGGAAAGCUGUGCAUUGUCAAAAGACUCUCGUUGGAAAGCUGCGCAUUGUCAAAAGACCCUCGUUGGAAAGUUGCGCAUUGUCAAAAGACCCUCUUCGGAAAGCUGCGCAUUGUCAAAAGACCCUCUUCGGAAAGCUGCGCAUUGUCAAAAGACCCUCUUCGGAAAGCUGCGCAUCAGAGAUGGUUGUUUGUGUAGCAUUGGGACUGCGCAGAACGACACCAUCCAAGGGCAGGACUGAGCCAAAGACUCUCAUCGGAAAGCUGUGCAUUGUCAAAAGACCCUCGUCGGAAAGCUGUGCAUCAGAGAUGGUUGUUUGUGUAUCAUUGGGACUGGGACAAGGGCAGGACUGAGCCAAAGACUACCAUCGGAAAGCUGUGCAUUGUCAAAAGGCCCUCGUCAGAAAGCUGCGCAUUGUCAAAAGACCCUCGUUGGAAAGCUGUGCAUUGGAGAUGGUUGUUUGUGUAGCAUCGGGACUGCGCAGUUUUGCCUUUUCGGACUCCAACCUGUCUCCAGUUUUGAAGGUAACAGCCAUAGACAUCAUCCAAGGGCCGGAGUGAGCAAAAGAACCUCGUCAGAAAGCUGCGCAUCAGAGAUGGUUGUGUUUGUAGCAUCGGGACUGCGCAGAACGACACCAUCCAAGGGCAGGACCGAGCAAAAGACUCUCGUCAGAAAGCUGCGCAUUGUCAAAAGACCCUCGUCGAAAAGCUGCGCAUCAGAGAUGGUUGUUUGUGUAGCAUCGGGACUGGGCUGUUUUGCCUUUUCGGACUCUGAACUGUUUCCAUUUUUGAAGGUAACAGCCAUAGACAUCUUGAACGACAUCAUCCAAGGUCAGAACUGAGCAAAAGACCCUUUUCGGAAAGCUGUGCAUUGUCAAAAGACCCUCAUCGGAAAGCUGCGCAUCGGAGAUAGUUGUUUUUGUAGCAUCGGGUCUGCGCAGUUUCGCCCUUUCGGACUCCGACCUGUCUCCAUUUUUAAAGGUAACAGACAUAGACAUCGUGAACGACAUCAUUCAAGGGCCGGAGUGAGCAAAAGUCCCUCAUCGGAAAGCUGCGCAUUGUCAAAAGACCCUCAUCAUAAAGCUGCGGGUCAGAGAUGGUUGUUUGUGUAGCAUCAGGACUGGGCUGUUUUGCCUUUUCGGACUCUGACCUGUUUCCAUUUUUGAAGGUAACAGCCAUAGACAUCUUGAACGACAUCAUCCAAGGGCAGUACUGAGCAAAAGACCCUUUUCAGAAAGCUGUGCAUUGUCAAAAGACCCUCAUCGGAAAGCUGCGCAUCGGAGAUAGUUGUUUUUGUAGCAUCGGGACUGUGCAGUUUUGCCUUUUCGGACGCCGACCUCGCUCCAUUUUAGGGCUCCAUAUCUUGAAGAUAAGUAAUGUCAUGAACAAUAUCAUUCAAGGUCAGGACUGAUCAAAAGACCCUUGUUGGAACGCUGCGCAUCGGAUAUAGUUGUUUGUGUAGCAUCGGGACUGCGCAGCUUCUCCAUUUCGGACGCCGACCUGUCUCCAGUUUUGAAGGUAGCAGCCAUGGACAUCUUGAACGACAUCAUCCAAGAGCCAGAAUGAGCAUAAGACCCUCGUCAGAAAGCUGCACAUUGUCAAAAGACCCUCGUUGGAAAGCUGCGCAUCGGAGAUGGUUGUUUGUGUAGCAUCAGGACUGCGCAGUUUAGCCUUUUUGGGCUCCGACCUGUCUCCACUUUGGAAGGUAACAGCCAUAGACAUCUUGAACUACAUCAUCCAAGGGCCAGAAUGAGGAAAACACCCUUGUCAGAAAGCUGCGCAUUGCAGAUGGUUAUUUUUGCAGCAUUGGGACUGUGCAGUUUUGCCUUUUCGGAUUCCGACCUCGCUCCAUUUUAGGGCUCCAUGUCUUGAAGAUAAGUGACGGCAUGAACAAUAUCAUUCAAGGACAGGACUGAACCAAAGACCCUCGUCGGAAAGCUGUGCAUCAGAGAUGGUUGUUUGUGUAGCAUCGGGACUGCGCAGAACGACACCAUCCAAGGGCAGGACUGAUCAAAAGACUCUCAUUGGAAAGCUACGCAUUGUCAAAAGACCCUAGUUGGAAAGCUGCGCAUUGCAGAUGGUUGUUUUUGUAGCAUCGGGACUGCGCAGUUUCGCCUUUUUGGGGUGUGCCCCAUCCUUCUUUCCCCAUUUUAGGGCCUUCAACCUCUUGAACAACAUCACCCAAAGGCAGAACUAUUCAACUGACCCUCGUUGGAAAAUUUACUCAUUGCAGAUUAUUAUUAUUUUUGUAGCACCGAGAGUGCGCAGUUUGGCGCUUUCGGAUCCCUGUGAAAGCAAUAAGCAGGCGGAAGGGAGGGAAGCAAAACAUUAACUCCGUGGGAAAAUGGGAACGGCUUGCAAAAGAAGCUGGGAUGUAACACAACGGGAGAAGGGAGUGUGUGUCCGGUUCACUCCGUCCACAACCUCUUCGACUCUCCCGGUUAUUUUUAGACAAUGCCCAGAGGAGGAGCAUCGAAUCCGCUCUGUGUUUUAGUCCGAAAUUUAAGACCCAAACCCAAAGGGGACAGGACUUCUAUGCUUUUAAAUUUCGGGGUGAAACAGGUCCACCCUACAUUUCUGACUCCAUAUUACUUAAUUCCAAGGGUAGGGGAAAUUAGAGGGGUGAAUCCCCAUUAUGUUCCUUCUUUCUUUCAUUUCUUUCGUUCAUUCUUUUCUUUUUUUGCUGGAAUAAAAGUUUGAAUCACC